CAUAAUAUUUAUUAGUCAGUUUUUCCACCGCUGGCGGUUACUUUGCACUUAAUCGCAAAACGUUUAUAUUUCGCUAAUUAAUAUAUGUAUUUAUGAAAACAUGCGAUUUCGGUUGUGUCCACUGCCCUUUAUGAUGGGGUCAAGAGAAGAGAAUGAAAAAAAGAAAUGUGAGAUGGCGACUGACUUAGACACUGCGCUGGAUUUCGCUGGAGCUGGAAAAUACCAGGUUUUCCAUUGCGCACUCAUGGUGUCCACCCUGGGAGCUUCCAUCCUAGAGAUGAUCGGAUGUUCCUUCUUACUCCCUCUGGCCGCCUGUGAUCUUCAACUAUCUGACCACUUAAGAGGAAUAAUCACUAGUAUACCCAAUAUAGGUAUAAUUCUAACAGCACCAUUAUGGGGUCCCAUAGCAGAUGCGAUGGGCAGAAAACCAGUUCUUAUUGUGUCCACGUUGCUGUCAGGUAUCAUUGGGCUAAUGGCUGCCUUCAUGCCCAACCUUACUUCUUUCGCCUUAUGCAAGUUCGCUGGUUCGUUAUUUUUAUCCUGUCCCUCGUCCUUAGGGUUUGCUUUCGCUGGUGAGUUGAUGCCGAGGAAACGUCGUGACAUGGCCGUGUUAAUCUGCAAUGCAUCGCUGAUGUUAAUAGCCUCUUUAUGUCCCAUACUUGCCUGGAUCGUGUUCACCAUAGACUGGGAACACAACAACAUCUUCAUUAAGCCGUGGCGCAUACUAACCGUAGCCUACGCUGUGCCUCUCAUCCUGUCAGCGUUGUGGAUGACACAGACAAAAGAGAGUCCCAAAUUUCUUAUGAUGAAGAGCAAGGAGAAGGAAGCUUUGAAGGUUUUAGCCCACGUUUAUUCAUUUAAUACGGGAAGGAGGCCAGAUGAAUACAAGGUAACAUCUCUUAAAAAAGAGGACAAUGCCGACCAGGUAGAUGGCGAAGCUAUCAAAGUAGCAAAGACAUCAGCUACUGCUCUGCUAAAGCCCCCACACGUCAAGUGGCUUCUGUUAUUGGGCUUCCUCAUGCUGGGAUUAUUUUCCUUAUUAAAUGGAUUAUUUCUAUUCACUCCACAUACGAUAAAUAAGAUGAUGACGAAAUUACCAAACGAGACCGUGUCCAUUUGUUACUCUUUAAACCAGCCAGACAACGUCACGCACACUGUAACGUGCAUAGACAGUAUUUCGUACGACACAUUUAAAAUAACUGUAAUAACAGCCCUUUUCUACGGCGCUAUAGUGAUGGCAGUGAGUCUCAGUCCACUGUCGAAGAAGACAUUAUUGGUUGGAAUGUAUACACUCGUUUCUGCUGCCUGCGUAGUCAGUGUGAUUACGCGCAAUAGAUUCGUGGCUGGUGUGUCCAUGUCUACUCUGGAACUGACUGCUCUCGGUAUCGGACCUCUCAACGCCUAUGCAGUACAAAUAUUUCCAACAAGUUUAAGAGGUUCAGCUGUUGGUGCCGUGAUGAUGUUUGGGCGUGUGGGUUCGAUGCUCGGCGCGAACAUGGCUGGUAUCUUCCUGGCUCGUGGUUGCGAAUAUACAUUCUACGCGUUUGCUGCUCUUAUUGCCUUAUGUGCAGCGCUGAGCUUCCUACUUCCCAACGACAGCAAACCGGCUUCAAAAUCUGAAAAAACAAGUCUUUGAUACUUGAGAUAAUGUCUAUAUGCUUUGCAAAAUGACAAUAAACCCGUUUAAUAUAGAUUAAACAGCUUAUCUUUUAAGACUCCGAGUCGGCUAUUUAAUUACCUUUGAUGAAAAAUGGUAAUUACUCAUUUUAGUGAUUGAAUUGAAUGGUGAUUUAAGGUAGCAUAUAGUAAGAAACCUUUAAAGCUUCCAAUCGAAUCUAUGGUGAUCUUAAUUACUUAAAUUGUUUACUAUUAAAAAAAGUUAAAAGUUUUUUUUACGAUACUUAUGAUUAUGUAUAUGUGAGUUCUCAUAGUGAUAUUAGUCAAAUUAAAAAAAAAUUGAUUAAUUAUUGCAACAAGUAAUAAAUUUUUCCUCCUAUAAUUAGUUUACCUGAUUGUUUUCCACUCAAUAACUCUUCCUUACUAUAAUCAACCGUAGAGCCUGCCAGGGCAGCCUUUGACAAUUGUUUAUCGAGGCCUAAAUAUUAAACCUUUAUGACUUUGGGUAUCCUGAUUAUAUUUUCUUGUUACAUUUGUAGGAAAUGCUUUUUUAUUAGACAGCUUGUCGGUGCCUGGUUUCCAAUUACUAAAUAAAGAAUGUUGAGUGAAUUAAAUUAAAUUACCUAGGUAGGAAUGUUGUUUAAUAUUGCGCAACAUUUUAGGCACCACAGGAAAGCACUUGCAUUUAUGUUACGUAGCAUUCUCAAAACAUAAAAGAUUAAACUUGCGUUAAGAAUAUUUUUUUAUUAUAUUUAUUUUUUUGAGAAGAAUAUCGACGAUUAUCGAACAUUGACUGAUUAGUUUUGAUGAUUCAUAUUUGAAUAAAUUUAAUUGCAACUCAUAAUUUGUACUGUUUUUGGUUAAGCUUUAAUAAUGUAUAAAGAAAAAUAGUAAUCGUAAUUAUAAUUAAUAAACAAAUUUACAUAAAACUAUGUAACUUCUCUUGGGACAGUUAACUCAAGUUUUUUAUAUUUUGAAAUAAAGCAUUAAAUCUU